UCAGUCCAGGAAGGAUUUUGUGCAAAAUCUGAGCUUGCCUAAAGCGAUAAACUCAGAAAAUCCGAAAUAACGAUGAAAGUGCAGUCUGGCUUGGAUGGUAUGAAAAAUACAAAAUUCGGAAGAGAAUGAAAAUCAGCAGUUCUGAAAGACCUGGGAAUAUAAAAAGAAAAGAAAAAAAGUAGACCUUGAAUAGAAGAUGGCCUCCUGUCUAUACGAUUGCCUUUGUGAAGCAGAGCUUGAGAAAUAUUUUCCCCAUUUUAGUGCCCUUGGCUUUCAGAGGAUUGAUGAACUUGCCACGGUCUCCAUGAAAGAUUACACCAAGCUGGGGGUGCAUAACAUGAGGGACCGCAAGCGCCUCUUCCAGCUCAUUCGAAUAAUCAAAAUGCUGCAGGCAGAAGAGGAAGCAAUGAGGAAAAAACAGCAUUUUCAGACAGGUGCUCUCUACCUCCGGCCUCAGGCGACUAGAUGUGGCCCUCGAAGACAACUGCACUUUGAUUCCCUCUCGGAGGAAAGAGAUGGAGGGAGGAAACAGCUUGAGCCUGAGUUGUGUGCCUUAUCCAACUGCUCUGUAAAUGAAGAUAAAGAUGAUUUAGCUGCAGUGUUGAGCCACGAAGCUGAGUACAAAAGACCUAGGAAAGACUCUUUGAAUGCUGCUGCUGCAACAUGGACAGAACAUAAACUGGGCAUUCCAGCUAUCAGUUCAUCGAACGAUAAUGCUCCUCUUCUAGGGGAUGUCGAAGCCCCCAUUGUACAAAGAGUAGCUCAUAUUUCAGGUUAUAAUUAUGGAGUGCCUCAUUCUUGUACCAGACCUAAUGGUUCUGAGAAGGAGACUCCGUGGACUGAGACUGACAAGAUCCGUGUGUGCGUUCGAAAGCGUCCCCUUGGCUUAAGAGAAGAGAGGCGUGGGGAAGUGAAUAUCAUCACAGUAGAAGAUAAAGAAACCCUCCUGCUCCAUGAGAAGAAGGAGGCUGUUGACCUCAGCCAGUACAUUUUGCAGCAUGUGUUUUACUUUGAUGAAGUCUUUGGGGAGGCCUGUUCCAACCAGGAUGUGUACAUGAAGACCGCCCAUCCCCUCAUUCAACACAUUUUCAAUGGCGGCAACGCCACUUGCUUUGCAUAUGGGCAGACGGGUGCUGGCAAGACCUAUACUAUGAUUGGCACUCACCAAAACCCAGGACUCUACGCCCUGGCUGCUAACGAUAUCUUCAGGCAAUUAGAAGCAUCUCAGACUAGAAAAGACCUCCAUGUCUGGAUCAGCUUUUAUGAGAUCUACUGUGGACAGCUUUAUGACCUGCUAAAUGGAAGGAAGAGGCUUUUUGCAAGGGAAGACAGUAAGCAUAUUGUGCAGAUAGUUGGGCUGCGUGAAGUCCUAGUAAACACCGUCAGCCUGCUACUAGAGGUAAUUCUGAAAGGAGGAAAAGAGCGCAGUACCGGGGCAACUGGAGUCAACUCGGAUUCCUCCCGUUCCCAUGCCAUUAUCCAGAUUCAGAUUAAGGACCCAGCAAACAGAGUGUUUGGGAGGAUCUCCUUCAUUGACCUGGCUGGGAGCGAGAGAGCUGCGGAUGCUAGGGACUCCGACCGGCAGACGAAAAUGGAAGGUGCAGAAAUAAAUCAAAGUCUUCUGGCUCUGAAAGAGUGCAUCCGCGCCCUGGAUCAGGAACACGCUCACACUCCCUUCAGGCAAAGCAAACUCACUCAGGUCCUGAAAGAUUCUUUCGUUGGCAAUUCCAAGACCUGCAUGAUAGCCAAUGUCUCCCCCAGCCACAUUGCGACUGAGCACACCUUAAACACCUUGCGCUAUGCAGACAGGGUGAAAGAGUUGAAGAGAGGGAUGAAAUGUUGCACACCUGUCACACACCGACGGCGAACGCCAGGCAGCGCAUCUCCCAAGCGCAUUCAGAGUUCUCUUGGCAUGCAAGGUGGGGAAAAGAGCUCUCCUAAGAAAGUGAAGCUGGGGUUGCAGCACCCCCCAACACCUACAGCUUCCAAGGUGAAGGCUUCACCUUUGGCGUUUCACCCGCUGCACCCUCCUUUCUCUUCUACCCCAAAAGGACAGGCCCGCAAAGGUCAUUUUGGUGCUCUGUGGCUCGGCCGCACCAGCCCAGUUAAAGGCGUUCCGAGGGCAGGACCAGCAGCCAAAAAGACAACAGAAGACUCACUGCUGCAUCCUGGGAACAGCCUCGUUGGGAAGGACUUUGGGUCCAGAAGAGAAAGCGGCCAAGCAGACAGACCUCGAGCUAAGUGCCUGAAAGCCCAACCUGUGCAGAAACAGCUCAUUUCCAGAGCUGAUUUUUCCCUUGCUGACACGGACCAACCAUCCUUCCGCACGGAGGAAGGCAGGAGAGUGUUUGCAGAGCAGUGUUCUGCAGCAUGGACAAGGCUCCCGCCCCACCAGAAAGACCGGGAGCAACACCUCCGCCUUUACCACCAGCAGUUCCAGCAGCCUCCUAUUCUGCAGCAGAAGCUGAACUACCAACCCCUGGAGAAGUUCUUGGCCCAGUACAUGCCUCAGGAGAUCAGAGUGAAGCAGGAGUCCCCUUGCCAGGCUCUGGCAUCUCCUCCCCAGUGCCGUGACGAGACGAUGCAACUGGAGGAUCUGGAGGACAGCGACUUCAGCGAGGAUUCCUUCUCCAUCGGUCCAAGCCAGAGGAAGCCGGAGGCAGAAGCCGGAAGGGAAUGUAGCCAGGGGGGUUCAUUUUUCCUUCAUCAGAGAGAAUGCGCUGAAGGGCAGGAAGUCCAGGGCGGGCAAGACCUGCUUUUCAAACCGUGCGAGCUUGAGAGUAAAGGCACAGCCUUGCCAGGGGCGGAGGAGGCCUGCAUGAGCUGUGAGGAAGGCAACAGCAGUCUGCCGGACUGGAGCACAGAGGACACCUCGGCAGGCAGUUCUUCUCCAAAGAAUGACGUGCCAGAGAAGCCUUACUGCUCGCAAGACAAGACUGUGUGCGACAGGCUAAGCACCGAAGAAUCGCUUCUGGGGCAAAAAGAGCUCACAUGCGCAGAUCUACCUCUUAGCUGCUCUGGUGAACAAUUCCCUGGGCCAGAAAAUGCUAUGCAAAGCCCACCUCCAACUCAUACCUUGGGAUCCCCAAGCUGUGCUGUGGGCAGCCUGAUGGAAGACUCUUUCAAAGGGAGACAUGGUCCUCUUUCAAGAACCGCAGGAAAAAACCAUCUCCAAACAGGAGCAGGCCUUUGUGGGACUCUGGAUUUUUCGGUGGAUGUUGCUGCUAGAGAGAUGACCCCUUUGGCUGUAACCCUUCUCAACACUUUGACAACACGCAAUCCAGAAGACAACCCUUCCCACCAGCAGCAAGGAAAGGCUCCACAGGAGAUGGUCGAAAAGAAACCUUUUGGCCCCAGAAAGCAACUGGAUGAGGGCACCAGGCACCUUCAUGGGGAAAAAGCAUCCCCUGCGCCCAGUCUAUAUGAAACGGGUAAUUGGAGGAGAAAAGUUGGCUUGGUGCUUUCACCGCAAGCCAAGGCUGAGUGGCUUUCGCAGCCUUGUCAGAGCCCAAAGGUUUCUUCUCCCUUGGGCUUGAGUGAACUGUAUGGUUGUAUUUGUGGAUACUCGCCCAGAGAUGGAGGCCUGGUGGAUCUCCUCUCCCCACACAGAGACAGUGGGGGCACCCUGCUCCUUAGUAACCUGCAGGUCAGUGAGUAUGUGACUAGCCCACAGUAUGAUGCAGACACCGAAGCAACCAUGAUUGCCUCGUUGAGCUGUUCAGGGCAAUUCAGCCUGGGGGAAGAGGAUGGCUCCAAGUCCAUGACACAGCUCAAACAUACCGAUACAGGGAGGAAAACCUCCAUUUCAAAGGCACUCUCCAUCUCUAAUGAUUCAGGGAAGAAGGAAUUCCCUGGGGAGAGCAUCACACCGCAGCCCAGCUUGGCAUUUGGGAAACUGGAACUUGGCCAUUUGCAGGAAGCAUUCAAAUUGACGUUCAGUAGUGACGAAAUGGAGUUUCUUAAGAAUGGAUUUUCUCAGAAUGUGUUUAUGGACACACCUUCAGACGAUGCAGAACAGGAUUCAGGGGUUGUCUCCAAAGAGGUGAACACCAGGUCUUCCAAGAACACAUUGAAUUCUUCUAGCCCACAGGAUUUAUCUCCAAGCUCACUCCAGUAUAAGGAAGCUUUAGGAAGGCAGUUUGUGCUCCAAAUCCAUCAGGAACAGCUGGAUGAAAUGGCAGCCCUCUGUUUCCAGGAAGAGGGCUUGAUCAGUAAGAUGUCAGAGCUGGAUUUCGAGGACUUUGUGGCACAACUAGAUGCAAUCCUGGCGCUGAAAUCCAAAUGCAUCCAAAGAUUGCGAAGCCAGCUGCAGCCUAUUCUAGCUGCUCCUGCAAGUGGGACGGCACCAGACAACUUCCCUAUGAAAUAGCAGCAUGGGUGAGGAAUGCGCUGAAGCAUUUCACCUUCAGUGACCAGCAGCUCAAGACAGAGUGAGGACUUCCAAAAGUUUGGGUCUUCUACACGGCGUGUGCUUAAAGACUUAAGGCUUAACUUUGGCAGCAUAAACUCAGCGGAAGUCCAGAUUGUGUGCUCUGCCAUUCAUCUAAAUACUUGACCACUGUGGCAAGACUUUGAGAAGUGGAUAAAGUGAUCCCUUUUCUCCUGCCAUCACUCAGGCAACUUCACAUUUAUGGCAGUUUUGGGUACUGACAAAAAACAAUAGAAAACCCAGGCAGGUGGGCAAUCAGAACUAGUCCUGUUCUCAGGUAGUGUCGCCUUUGAAAAAGAGGUACUAUCUACUACCAAAGCCCCGUAUGGCUAGGCUGCUUUGGCAGCCUGGAGUGUCUAAAGUAUCAAGAGAGCCAGUGGACCCGCUGAUCAGCAUUACAGAUCAGAGACACAGAGUUCACAUUCUUGUAGUUAUCUCCCCUCAGCCAUAUUUACCAAGCAUUUACACUUGUGCCUUGGCGAUCUGCUCAUCAGGUGCUUGCACACUAACUAAAAAGGUUUAUUUUUAGUUUUACCCUUUCUUUUUAAAAUUGCAUUUUAUUUUCAGGAUUCACUUUCUUUUACGGUUGCAUCUUUUUUUGACUGUAAGCUUUAAAACUGUUUUUGAUGUUGUCUUUUAUAUUGUUGUAACCCAUUCUGGGACCUUAAGUGUGAAGCGCAGGCACUAAAUUAAAUAACAGCAGC